AUGUAUCUCCUCACCCCCCUCCUCUUCCUGCUGUUCCUCCGGUCAGCCGAGCCCAGGCGAGGCCCUCGCUCAGGGACUGGGGCGCAGUCAAGGUCCCGGGCUCUAAGAGGGGACCCCGGGGGCCCUGUGCGGGGCAGGGGCAGGCCCGGCGCUGUGAAACGUCAGACCCAGCAGUGUAAGGAGUACAUGGAGGCCGGGGAGAAGUACCUGGACUGCCAGGACAGACAGCUGACCACUGUGAUGCAGGACUGGCCCAAGGAUAUCAACCACCUCCUCCUUGCAAGAAAUAAGAUACAGGUUUUGAGAGACAACAUGUUCUCCCAGUUCACCCAGCUGAAGAGUCUGGACCUCCAGCAGAAUGACAUCUCCAUGAUGGAGUCGCAGGCCUUCAGCGGGCUCUCCCAGCUCACCACCCUGCUCCUGCAGCACAACCGGCUGAAAACCGCCACCGAGGAGGUCCUCCUCCCCUUACCACGUCUCACCUACCUCCGUCUCUACGACAACCCCUGGAGCUGCCACUGCUCCUUGGACAGCCUGGUCAGCACCCUGCAGGUACCUAGCAACCGAAACCUGGGCAACUAUGCCAAAUGCACCGAGCCCCCGUCGCUGAGGGGGCAGAAACUGAGGAAGCUGGACGUGGACUCGCUGUGCUUGGAUGACAACCACGUGGACAGGAGGCUGGUUGAUGAAAUGGGCAAGAAACCACAGUUUCCACCCACCAAAGUGAAACCAGAUGCCGCCUCUUUGUGUCGCACCUACAUGUUCCCCAAACCUCUGCUGGAUUGUAAAGGCAAAGAGCUAAAAAGUAUUCCAUCCGACCUGCCCUCAGACAUAGUGAAGAUGGACCUGUCCGAUAACAACAUCAAACAGCUCAGGACCAAGCACUUCUUGUUUGCCAAGGACCUCAAGCAGCUCAACCUCAGCAGCAACAGCCUUGAACAUAUAGACACAGGUGCAUUCUCAGGCCUGCUGUACCUCCGUGAGCUUGACCUGUCCAACAACAGUCUCCAUUAUUUCCAGUACAGCGUGUUGGAGGACCUCUACUUCCUACGGAAGCUCUCACUGGCCAACAACCCCUGGAUCUGCGACUACAACAUCCACUACUUGAUCUACUGGCUCAAGCACCACCCGGGGGUCUCCUAUUCCGGUCUGGUCUGUACUGAGCCCCGGGAGUUCAGGGGCUGGGCUGUUGAGGAGUAUGUCAAGACCUACAAUGGCGAGUGUCCCAAGGACAGACAAACGGGGAAAACUGACAUGGGACAAGGUGGGUCAGAAAAUGAUGCGCAGGAGCUGUUGGUGGAGACGGACGAACGUCUGCCAAGCCCCCUGAGAGAAAACAAGCCGAAAAGGUUUGAGAUCAUAAGGCUGAGUUAGGGAGAGAGGUGAACAAGAGGACUGUUUUCAAACAAUGGGGGAACAACUCAGGGGUUUACAAUUGGGGAAAUUGGACAUAGUCGUUUCUUAGCCUUAGGUUUUGUUGCUGAGCUGUUGAAUAAUGGACUAACUGACCAAAUAAUAAACGGUAGACUCAGUGAGGUGAUAUUAUUCUCAAUAAUAAUAAUAAUAAU